AUGGCGGCGCUGUCGGCCACCCUGGCCAAGCUGAUGGCGCGCGGCGAUCCGGACUGGCCGCGCGUCGCGCUGGUGGUGCGGCAGAUGGCGGGCGCAGCCACCAGCGACGCGGAGCGCCUGAAGGUCUUUGAGGAGGCCGCCCAGAUCAUGGGCUCAGCCCCGCCCCUUGAAGGCGGCGCCAAGGGCUACCCGGAGAGGGAGGCGCGCUGGCUGGCCGCCAGCUGCUGGAACGCGGGCCUGGCCAGGCUGCGCCGCGGCGACAGGGGCGGAGCCGCGCCGCUGCUGCGGCUGGGGCUGGACAUGCUGCGCCACCUGCCGCGGUGGGGGGCGCCCGACAGGGCGGCGAUGGAGGAGCUGGCUGCGGAGCUUCUGCUGCAUCGGAGUUCCACGUGUGGUGGCUUCCGAGUCACCACCUGA